ACGACCACCUCUCACAGAUUUGCGCGACCUCAUCGCUGGAGAUUUUUGCUUUAACCUUUUUUCUUUACAGAACACCCCAGAACAAACGAGAGCUGCCGCUUGAAGUCUCCUACAUAUUUAGCUCCCAACCAUUGCGAGAGCUUGUAUACGUGUCAUUGAAAAAAAAAAGAAAAGAAACCCAGUCCCUUAGCGAAGAAAAACUCUUGGUAUGGCACCUGUUGAAUUAGCAACCGAAUCGUAUUCAGAAUUAGACACUAAUGAUAAUCGCAUUAGGUGUUCAGCUGCGGCGUCCAAAAAGGACCGCUCAGUGGAAAAUGCAUUGAUCUCAAAGAUCAUGCAACUCGACGAAACUUCCUGUGAUGUUGGUGAUGAAGACUCAUUCUUCGUGGCCGAUUUCAAGGAAUUGAAAAAAUCGGUUGAAUUAUGGAACUCCGAGUUGCCUCAGGUUCAUGCUCAUUAUGCUGUCAAGUGUAACAACGACAUUGAAACGGUCAGGUACUUGGCAUCUCAGGGUCUCAACUUUGAUUGUGCUUCAAAGAAUGAAAUUGAAUUUGUCUUGGGUUUGGGUGUUUCUCCUGAUCGAAUCGUCUAUGCGAAUCCCUGUAAGAACGCUUCGCAUAUUAGAUAUGCUUGCCAACAGGGGGUCAACAUGACCACUGUUGACAAUUCCUAUGAGUUGUACAAGUUGAAGAAAUACCACCCCCGGUGUGGAAUUUUGAUCAGACUUGCAACUGACGAUUCUCUGGCUCAAUGCCAAUUGUCUACCAAGUUUGGUUGUACUGUUGAAACCGCUCUUAAUGAACUUUUGCCCUUGGCAAAUGACUUGGAAUUGAAUGUUAGAGGUGUUGCGUUCCAUAUUGGAUCGGGUGCCAAAGACGUCGACCCGAUGUUUGUUGCCAUUAGAGACUCAAGAAUGUUCUUUGACAAGGCCAUUGAAUUAGGGUUUAAUGUGGACACUUUGGACAUUGGUGGAGGGUUUGAACGCGAGACAUUUGAAGACAUUUCGGCCAUGACUAGGUAUGGGUUGGAUAAGUUCUUCCCUCCAGGGUUCACUCAAAAACAUAACAUUAGGUUUAUUGCAGAACCUGGACGGUUUAUGGUGGCCAGUGCAUUUACUUUGGCCACCUAUGUGACAUCCAAAAGGGAUUUGGGUUGUAAUGAAGAUAAUAUUGACGCGAUGUUAUACAUCAAUGAUGGAGUUUACGGUAACUUGAACUGUAUUUUGUUUGACCACCAACACCCAAUUCCUCGCUUAGUGGAAUUUGGCGGAGAUGAUAAUGCCGACGCAAAAGGCGAGCACUAUCAUUAUUCAGUGUGGGGACCCACAUGUGAUGGAUUGGACUGCGUUAGCCCAAUGGCGCGUUUCCCCAGAUCAAUUCAUGUUGGUGACUGGCUCUACUUUACUGAAGUUGGUGCCUACACAUCGGCAGCAGCUACCUCUUUUAAUGGGUUCAUUUAUGAUAGUGAGGUCAUCUACAUUAACACCGAGUUGUAGCAAUGGACCACUCGGUGGUAUUUAGAGUAGAUUUGUUUGUUUGUUUUCAUCACUUUAGUUAGGCUUAAUUUAUAAAUUUAAGUUUA